ACCAAUUAGACGGAGUUUCAAGCAUUUGAUUUUUCAUCCCCCAACGUUUUACGGCAAAAUCCACAGCCAAAGAUAUGUCAAGCCAUAAUUUCCCAUUCCUACCAGACAUGUCAAAUACAUUCGAGCCAGUAGACGAGGAGAUUGUAUCGCCCGAAGCUGCUGCUCGUAAAGGUGGAGCUGCUGCUCGUAGAGGUGGGGCUGCUGCUCGUAGAGGUGGGGCUGCUGCUCGUAGAGGUGGGACUGCUGCUCGUAGAGGUCAAACUCCAGGCGGAUCCGCUUUAGACCUAGCAGCUGUCGAUUUCGCAGCUGUGCUUGCGUCCAACAGACCAGUAUUGGCCAUGUUCAACAGUCAGGGACAGUUGCAUUACGACUCGUCUUCUCAAACCACUUCCAAUGGAAACGCGCCACACGUUCUCAUGUUCGACUCAGAUGUCCAAGUGAACGUUGGUAGUACCAACCCUUUCUCCCAGAAUCGCGCUCGAGCGGCUCGCCCACUUCCCGCUGCGCAACCAACCGCUCAACCCAUUCCAUACUCGAUGAGUGGUCCUCAGUUCGACGCUUCAUUUCCCGCUUUUUCAUCGUCCGCUCCACCUCAGCAACCCAACGUCUACUCCGGAGCAGAAGCUUCGUGGAGCACGAUGGAACCCGCAAUGUCUUACCAACAACUAAACCUCUCCACCAAACCAGAGCCAAUGUGGGGCCAAACAAAAAACAAGGCAUCUUACCAACCACCAGACGUCUUGUCCGGACUAGGAACUGCGUGGGACGCAACGGGAAACGCGGCAUUUUACCAACAAUCAGAUCUUUCCCCCGGACCAGGAACUUCGUGGGGCAAAGCAGGAAGCGCGCCAUCUUACCAAGUCCCUACUUUCGAUGUCUCAAAUUCAUGUGAUCACAACUUGGGUAUUUGCACUGGAUUCUGUGCCUCAUUUCUUUGA